AUGCCCGACGAGACUCAGCCAUUGCUGGGUGGAGAUACCCGCCCAUCUCGCUCGCGUCUCUCACGGUAUCUACAGAGCGACCUCGAUCCCCACCGGGGCGACCUGCUCCUGCUUUUCUGCUACAUCAUCACCGGACUCCUGGACAGCUCAGCAGUGUUUAUCUGGGGCUCCUUCGUCAGCAUGCAAACCGGUAACACUGUGUACUUCGGCUUAGGUCUCGUGGGUAGUGGAGACGACCGCUGGAUCAAGUCCGGAGUCUCCAUCGCUGGUUUCUGCCUGGGCUCGCUGUGCUUCGCCGCCUUCCAUCGACAAUUCUCUCCACGGUCGCGCUGGGUGCUCUGCGCCUCGUUUGUGGCCCAACUGGUCUGUGUCUCGAUCGCCGCCAUUAUUGUGACUGUGUACCGACCGGCUCGGGACACGCCGCUGAGCUGGCUCGUUCUCGUGCCGAUAGCUCUGGUAGCCUUUCAGAGCAGUGGUCAAGCAGUAACCAGUCGGGUGUUGAAGUACAAUGGCUUGACCAGCGUGGUUCUCACCAGCGUUUACUGUGAUCUGUUUUCCCACCCGGACUUGCUCUCCCCCAAGGUCUUCAGCAACGCCGAGCAGAUGCGGCGCGCAGCAGCCGUUGUGUGCCUUUUGCUGGGAGUCGUUCUCGGAGGCCUGUGGGCACACAGUUCUGUGGGGAUGAUGGGCGCGUUGUGGACGGCAGCCAUUUUCAAAGGAUUGGCGAUAGUUGGAUGGCUCGUAUGGAAGGAGGACAAGAGUGGUCUAUGA